AUGUUCAUGACGAACCAUGUCGGUCCUGCUGAGGUCGGCACUACUCAAACGCGCUCCAUUUGCGUGCAGAGUGAGGUUUCCAACUCCCCUGCGCCGUGGAUUCGCCUCCGGGACUUCGGCGGAUUACAGCUCAAGCGCACGGGACUCUACUUCUAUCACCUUGGUAAUGACGCGAAGAUGGUUCCAUUUGCGGGGUACUCGAUGCCCUUGGCUUAUGGUGAAGUUGGGCAAGUCGCGAGCCACAACCACGUCAGGACGGAGGCAGGCUUGUUCGAUGUCGGCCACAUGGUCCAGUCGAUUUUCCGUGGCAAAACUGCAACUGCGUUCCUGGAAUGGAUAACGCCCUCAUCUCUGUCCUCCCUCAAACCAUACUCGUCGACAUUGUCUGUGAUCCUCAAUGAACGCGGCGGCAUCAUCGACGACACCGUCAUCACAAAACACGCUGAAGACUCGUUUUAUGUGGUGACCAAUGCCGGCAGACGUGAACGGGACUUGGAGUGGUUCAAGCUGCGGCUGGAGGAGUGGAACGCUGGCGAGCAGGGAUCCAAGGGGCCCGUUGAGCUGGAAGUUUUGGAGGACUGGGGCCUGCUGGCCUUGCAAGGCCCCAAAGCCGCAUCUUACCUCCAAUCCCUCACGUCCUAUGACCUAACACAACUCACAUUCGGCAAAUCCGCAUUCGUUCCUAUCGAAGGCUUCAAUUUACAUGUUGCGAGGGGCGGGUAUACUGGAGAAGACGGUUUUGAGAUCUCCAUACCACCUUCAGAGACCAUCGAAGUUGCUGAAUUGCUCGCGAAAGCGCCUGUCCAGUUGACCGGUCUUGGGGCAAGAGAUAGUCUCCGGCUGGAAGCUGGAAUGUGCUUGUAUGGAAGCGACCUUGAUGAAGACACAACACCAGUUGAGGCUGGGCUCACGUGGGUCAUUGGGAAGGAGCGGAAGGAGAAUGGCAAUUUCAUAGGGGCAGAGGGCGUCAGAAAACACUUGAAAGAAGGUCCGCCAAGAAGACGCGUUGGUAUGAUAGUUGAAGGUGCUCCCGCCCGACAUGGCGCUAAGAUUGUCGACCCAUCCACAAACGAGUCAUUGGGUAGUGUGACUUCUGGUAUCCCUUCUCCGACGCUGGGUGCGAAUAUUGCAAUGGGCUAUGUGCGCAAUGGGUGGCACAAGAAGGGAACAGAGCUUGGUGUUGAGGUCCGAGGGAAGGUCCGAAAGGCGACCAUUACACCCAUGCCGUUCAUCAAACCACAGUACUUCAGAGGAUUAGAUGGUGGAAAAGCCUUGUCAAUCGCCUUAUGCAGCCCAAAUGUUUAUGGUCUCAUAAACCCCAUUCUGCCUGGAUGGAACCCCGACCCGAGCAUAACUCGGGUCGGAAAGGACUAUUUCAUCACGACCUCAACGUUUGAGUACUUUCCUGGGCAUCCCAUAUAUCAUAGCACUGACUUGGUCAACUGGGAGCUUAUUGGACAUGCCCUCAACCGCCAGUCACAGCUCAGCCUUUUCACCACGCCCGAGGACGGCGGAUUGUGGGCUCCUACAAUCCGCUAUCACGCCAAAACCAAAACUUUCUAUCUAGCUUCGACAGCAAGAUACGCUUACACGAACGAGUAUCGGUUGUUUCCGCGCUCCUUCUUCGUCACCACCAAAGACAUAUUUGCCAACGACUGGAGCGACCCAACCUAUUUUGACAACCUUGGCUACGACACUGACCUCUUCUGGGACACCAACGGCGAAGUCUACGUGACAUGGUCAGGAAUCAACAACCCUGUCGAGAAAAUAUACAGCAUUUACCAAUCAAAAAUCGACAUCGCAACGGGAAACACAUUGACUCCCGCAAAAAUCAUCUUUCGAGGAGUUCUGCCUGACAAUUCGGCUGCUCGACCAGAAGGGCCUCAUUUAUAUCUCAUCAACGGAACCUACUAUCUCCUUAUCGCAGAGGGUGGCUCGUCGCCCACACACCAAGUGACAAUCCAACGGGGUCCUUCACCUAGCGGCCCUUGGGAGAGCAAUCCAGCAAACCCGAUCCUCUUUAAUGGCGCCAAUUUAUCCCUGCCCGUCCAAUAUACUGGCCACGCGGACAUUGUGGAAGGACCUGAUGGGAAAUGGUGGGGCGUUGCUCUCGGCACACGUCCGCAGGCUCCAGCGGAUUUCACCCAUAUGCAACUUGGUCGAGAGACAUUUUUAUACCCAGUAACUUGGUCUGAAGAAGGAUGGCCAAUAUUCAAUAACGGGGAACCCCUUAUGGAGCAUCUUCCCCAUGUUCUUAUCGACAAAUCGCCCCUCAAACCGUAUUCCAGCGACUUCACCCGCAGGCCCUUGAAUACACAAUCGCUAUGGCUUGACGGAUACUACUCGCUCAGAACGCCGUACAAACCUUUCCAUUCGUUCACCGCCCGCCAUUAUUUGCGCCUGAAUGCGAACGCCUACGCUCCAGGCGACCGCGACAACCCAGCGAUGCUCCUCCGUAAACAAACCGCGUAUUCGGAAACUUUUGAAGUAGAGCUCGAUUUCGUGCCUCCGGUCACCAACGCAGCGGGCGAUGACGGACCCGGCGAGCCGAAUGGUGUGGGCAAUGGUUUUGGAUUAGGUGCCGAGGCAGGCGUUACCGUGUUCUACAGUGACCAGUUGCACAAUGACAUUGGCAUUGUUGGUGGCGGGGUGGGUGUUCUGCCGAACGGUACUGUUGGGACGGGAGGAGCUCGGGGAUUGGUAGUGCGAAAGACGGUACUCGGAAAACAGGUCGGCGAGUUUGGACUCGUUUAUACGAAUGCAACGAUAACGACGGUGCAUCUUCUUAUAUACUCUUACUUGAAAACAUUCCAGCUGAUGAAUUAUCCAAAGGCCGAAUUCCACCCACUGCGAACGAGCAACGGUCCCGUUCGCCUCAAAAUCACAGCCAAUUCCACAUCUUAUCAGUUUGCGUAUGCGGAGGAAGGCGACUCGGGAUUCACUACUGUUCUCACAUUCGAUUCCGAUGCAGUAUCGGUGCCGCCUGUAGGUGCUUUCUUCUUCCAAGGAACGGCGUUUGGCGUAUAUAACACGGGAAACGGACAGCCGAGCAUGGUCCCGGCCGACUUCAAAUAUGUCAAGCAGAUACCUGUAGUUCGGGCUAUGGUCACUCCUUUGUAG